AUGGCUGCGGCCCUGCUCCCGGCCGUGCUGCGGCGCUGGAGGGUCGGCGUCCAGGCGGGCUGCGCGCUCCGGCGGCUGAGCCAGACCCAAGGGCCUCCCAAUUAUCCCAGCUUCGUGGAGUCUGUGGAUGAAUACCAGUUUGUGGAACGCCUGUUACCCCCCACCCGCGUCCCAGACCCCCCGAAGCGUGAACAUUAUCCUACUCCAAGUGGCUGGCAGCCCCCCAGAGACCCUCCACCCAACCUGCCUUACUUCGUGCGGCGCUCCCGGAUGCACAACCUCCCCGUCUAUACCGACAUCACCCAUGGCAACCGUCAGAUGACUGUGAUCCGGAAGGUGGAGGGAGACAUCUGGGCCCUGCAGAAGGAUGUGGAAGACUUUCUGAGCCCACUGCUGGGGAAGACCCCGAUCACCCAGGUCAAUGAGGUGACAGGUACCCUGCGGGUCAAGGGCUACUUUGACCAGCAGCUAAAAGCCUGGCUCUUAGAGAAGGGCUUCUGA